CUUGUUUCAGUAUAUAUUUUUUAGACCCUAUUUUGGGCAGUGAAUAAAAGAAUCAGUCUUCACCAUCAGAAUUGAAUCUUUUGCAGCAUUGAGAGAGCUUUGAAACAGCACGUAGACCUUUAUUUGGAAAAUGUUUAGGACUAUGUAACUGUAUAUAAAAGUCAAAUAAUUAGAACUUUCUUCAAAUUAAUAUUUUCUUGCAACAUUUGGUGUUUAAAAUGACAACAAUAUAGAGGGAGGAAAAAGCUUGUGAUUGUCAAUUUUUUUCAGUAGUAGUUACAUAAAACAGCAGUUGUGUUUUCACAAUGGAUACGCCCUUGUUCCUAGGAGAGAAACGACUUUGAUUGAUGGGCGAAGUAACCAAUCCCCAACCACAUAACGUAGCCGUGUCUUGACCAAUAGUUAUUGUAGAAGAGGCGGGCCAACCACAGACACCGGACAGGCAGAUUACAGCUCGGUGUUAUCUCACUGUCGCUGUACGACGUCCUGAUAAGGUUUAACAGUUAUAUUUUUGUAUUCGGGAAGGAAAUGAUAAAAUUAUUUCUCUCAACGUGCAGUGUUGGAGAAUGAUGGGAAAAAUUAACCCUCGUGAUGCCUUCACUUUCCAGUAAUUAGGGGAUUAAAUUGAAACUGCACACCCCGUAUUACAUUUUCUGUUUCUUUUUGGUUUGCAUCUUGCCGACAGCAUACAGGCUCAACUAUGACAGGAAGUCGAGAUGAAGAGCCCUCAAUGGUCCAUUUACAGAGCUACUUGCACGGAGGGACCUCCAGCUUGCUGUCCACCAUCCCCACCCUCAUUGUCUUUCCUGUUUACAAGACAGUUUUCCGGCAACAAAUCGACAACACCUCAGUUCACCAGGCAGUGGGACAGCUCUACAAAGAGGGACCUGUAAAGCUCUACAGGGGCGUGGCCCCACCUUUACUGAUGAGGACCCUGAAUGGCACGCUGCUUUUUGGCCUGCAGGACACCCUCCUCCGCCAGCUCUCCCUGUCGCCCCAAAAUAUCAUCUCCACCUCUGCCCUGCCUGCUCUGGCUGGGUUUGGCGCAGGUAUAGUAGAAGCUGUGGUGUUUACCCCCUUUGAGCGUGUCCAAAACGUGUUGCAGAACGGCCAGAACGACCGCCACCUACCCACCCUGAAGACUGUUCUAGUCAGGCUGAAGGCACAGAGGCUGGCCUUAGGGUACUACAGAGGCUUUCUGCCCAUCACAGCUCGCAACACCCUAGGCAGCUCCCUCUACUUUGGCCUGAAGGGACCCAUAUGUACUGUUGUGGCCGGACAGGGGCUUUCUCCACUGGCCUCCUCCUUCAUCUCAGGGACACUGACUUCCAUGGCGAUCAGCUUGACUCUGUACCCUCUCUCUGUGUUGGUGGCAAACAUGCAGGCACAGGUGGGAGGAGAGGUGAAAGGGGUCAUGGCUUGUUGGAGGAUGCUGUGGCACUCUCGGGAGCGGAGCAUGGUGCUGCUGUACAGAGGGGGUUCCCUUGUUAUUUUGAGAUCGUGCAUCACAUGGGGAAUCACCACUGCCAUCUAUGACAGACAGGAGAAACGUUCAGGCUAAGGAGAUCCAGAGGAAAUCUAGGAUAUUGAAUUGACAAGACGAAAAUAGUCUUUUUAAAAUUGUAUUUAUAGAUAUUUAUUGCUGUUGAUUGAUCCCUUGAAACCUCAACCACUUAACAGGAGUCCAGCAGCCACAAGGACAUGAUCCAUCAUCUGGUGCAAACCAACAAACACUGCCAAUUUUGUGUGAAAGCACCACUGCCAGGACUUGAGCCCCAAUCUCUGAAGUGGUGGGCAAGUCUUUAUUAGGGGCCAAAGUUGUCAGCGUUCUAGAAAUAUAAAUAUGGUGCUGGUAAAUCACAAUUGCCUUGUAUUUUCAUUGUUUUAAAGGGGAACUCCACCUGAAACUGACAGUCUGUUUACUUGUCAUGGGAGGAACUACAGCCUGUCAAAGCAGCUGUAUAAAGCUGUAUAAUUUUAUUAGACUUUCAGGUAUUCUUGUCUGCCAAUCUGCUAACCCUAGCCCAGAGUUUCCUAAAGUCUCAUUGUUCCAUCAUGAUUAUCUCAACUCAGGCUUUAAGACUCCAACUUUAAAACAGAAAGCCCAUGGUACAAACUGGGGGCAUGGAUUUUGUUGGUUGUGGACAUUGUUAUUAACCAUGCACAGAGGGUCUAAUAAAAUUGGUUGCAGAAUGGGAAAAGUAGGAUCUAUCAUUUUAGGGCUGCAGCCAUAAAAAGGACUAAGACCCUGUUUACAACUAGUAUUGAAAUGCACUUUGUAUCCGGUCACCUUAUCCAGGUAAGGAAAAAUGCAUGUUGCGAUCAGAAUGUGAUCGCGUCUGCUUGACCACAUCUGGAAGUAGUGCAGCUUGCACUGUGUUCUGAUCAUAGGUAGGUGUAAAUCUGUCUGACUGUGAAUACCACUGAACACUCAGAAGUCAGCUAAACUGACGAAAAUUUAGAGACAGAAGGCUUUACCACUUGUGACUGGUAAAGUGACUAAUGUCCCUGGAGCCAGUAGGAAACACAAUGCCUACUGGUGUUUUGGGGUGUCCAAGUAAAACUGGACAGUUCUUACAGAAACAGGUCCAUUUACAAAGACAAUGAGGAUAACAAGAACACAUUAAAUACACCAGGCAACAAAGGCAAGACUGGGUUAUUUAUCAUCUCCUUAAAGUAUCUGGAUACAGAUCGCAUUUUAAUACCAGGUGUAAACAGAUUGUAAAAGUCAGAGUAUCUCAGCCUCUACUACCUUCAUUCUGACCACCUGUCUCUUAGGAGUACCUCAACUGUACAGAAGUGAAAUACUGAAUAAAUGGAGUUCCCCUUUUGGUACAUGAAGGAGAUGACUGAUGUUUAAAUUGUAAUUUUCUGUGUAAUAUAACUGUUAUAUAUGAAUUAAAGGACUGUAAUAAAUAAGCUAGGACUCAGGGGUCAGCACUCUUCCUUCACAUCAAGAAGGUACUGGGCAAGAAUCUGUCAGCCAGCUGGGGUUUAAGUUAGGUUAAUUGGAAACUAAAUUGCUUUGCAGCACUGUGACAUCUCCGAUAACCCAUCCAAGGGGUACCAUGCCCCUCGCCCAGUGUGGGGCAGGCUCCAUCCCCCCUACAAGCCAGUGGAUGGAAUGAAUGUUUAUUAUUGACAAUGUAGCCUAUUUAAACAAGUCUCUGACUGUGAAAGAAACAUGUCCAUAAUGUUAGCAUUUACCUCUAAAGUCAACACAUAACAGCUCAGUAAUAACUGCUGCUUUUUUGUUAUUUAUUUAUUUUUCAAUAAAUUAUAUAAUGUUAAUACUA